AUGUCAUUCGACUACGUCAGGAAGAUCGUGUCAGGUAACAAAGCGAGGUUUAUAGAUCCUGAAAAUGCUGUCAAUCUGGAUUUGGUCUAUGUUACGGAUAGGAUAAUCAUUAUGGGAUACCCAGCGGUGGGAGUAGCAGGUCUAUAUAGGAAUAGACGAAGGGAUGUAUUGAAAUUCAUCAAUUCAAGACAUGGUGAGAAAUGGUGGAUAUGGAAUUUAUGUCCGUUAUAUGAGAAUGCGUAUUCACCUGAAAGUAUGCAUGGAAGAGUAUCUCGAUAUCCUUUCCCAGACCAUCAUCCACCACCUUUACCGCUCUUACCCCUCGCUGUGAGAGAGAUGACGGCUUGGUUAGAAGGUGAUGAGGAAAGAGUCGCUAUUAUACAUUGUAAAGCGGGCAAGGGACGAUCUGGUACACUCCUCUGCUCAUAUCUCCUAUCUUUACCCUCACUCCCUCCACCACCUCAACUAGAUCGCUCAUAUACCCAUAAAGAUCUCAAGAAGCGUCUGGAAGAAAGGGAAAAAGAGAAAUUGGAAUCUAAAACUUCAUCGGUCGAUUCUGAAGAUAGAGAAGGAUGGGUGUAUAUUGGAUCUGGAAAAGAGGUUACGGGUUUGCAAGUGACUGAAGACUCUACAGAGCUGGGUAGAGCGAUCACUCCUGCUCAAUCGGAACGAAUCGAUGUAGAGCCUGUAGCUAGAUCUACCAAUUCAUCUACAACUACUUUAUCGGCGCCUUCUAUCAAUACCUCAACGGAGGAUGGUAUCCAGGUACAGACUGAUCCACCAUAUCCUAUUGAUAUAGGGGACGAAGCUGAGCCUGGAUUGGAAGGACAGAAGGAUAGGAAAGAUGGGAAAUUGGAUGAAGUAUUCAAGUUGCACUCAAGUAGGAGGAUGAAGCCUACUUCUACGGGUAGAGGUGUAUCUAUACCUAGUCAGAGACGAUGGUGUAGAUAUAUCAAUCUUUUAUUCACCAAUCAAACUCCACCGUCGUACACCUCUCCGAAGCCAUCGCGAGUCCGACUAGUUUCCAUCGAUCUUCUAUUGACUCCUCCGUCAGGAUGGCAAAAACCUCUAGCAUCGCUUGUAGUGGGAGGUACCAGUGGGACAGGACAAGGUAAAGCCUGGGCAUCAGUAGCUAGGUACGACGAUGAGUACGUGGAAGAGCUUAAGGCGAGGGGCGGUACAGGCCAAGGUGUCGCUGGCCAGAUCAGCUGGGGUGGAGUAGGUGGUCAAGGAAGGUUCGAUACGAACAAGAUGUUCAGGAGUUGUGGGAAGAUGGUAGCUAAAAAUGUGGACGAAGAGGUGUUGAAGAAUUUACCGGAAGGCCAUGAGGAUUACGUGGUACAUCAUCUCACACCGUCGAAUAACUCCCUCAUACUCGAUCGCUCGAGAGAAUUCCGAAUGAAGUUCCACCUCGCAUCCGUCCCAUUAGGUUGGGCAUGGUUAAUCCCCGCAUUUCACCUACCUGAACCACCCACCAAAUCAUCUGCUGAACCACCUCAGAUGCGAACUCACACAUUACACUUUCCGAAAUCCCAAAUUGAUUUCCCACUCGGACCUGGACAGGCGAUCCAUCAGAUACUGAUAAGAUUGGAGGAGGUAACAGAGGACGAUAAAGAGGAGACGGCGAGAUUGAUGAGUGACGAAGAAGAGAAGAGGGAGGGAGUGGAUGAGAGGCAAAGAGAGAAGGUUUUAGAGGAUGGAGAAUAG